AUGGGUCACUUAUCUGUCAAAGCUUCAUGUCAUAAGUUGCAUGAAGUUUUGAGUGGCUUGAACGGACCCAUGCACAAUCUUUUUUCAACAACUAGCUUCGGUUAUUUGUUAGACCUACCAACUCAGUCCGGAGAUGGACUUCUUAUUCAUGGGUUGUUAUUGCAUCUGUUGCGUCCUACUGCUGAAACGGACGCAGCUAAGCGUCUACAUUUUAGGUUUUCUAGACGUACACUGUCAUUUGGGCCAGAGGAGUUUUGUCUUGUGACCGAAUUUUACAUGGGCCGGUGUCCUAGAUCAAGGAUCGAAUUCUUAACUAUGUAUAAACACGGAUAUUAUGAAAAUACAUUUCGGUCCAGAGUUUUCCCAUAUCGCACGAACACUUCUUUACUUGUAGAAGAUUUAGAGCUCCUUAUAUUGAAUCAAAGGUUCAAUGAUAUAUCAGCUCACGACGAUGUCCGUGCCAUUUUGUUUAUCCUCAAUCAAGGUUUUUUUAGGAAAGGAGCUUAA